AAAAAAUCUCUGUGGUCUAAUGUUUUGAAAAUGAUCGAUCUAUAUUGUUGCAAAUAAUGUAGAUUAUGUUGAUAAAAUAAUAUCAUUAGUUUUUAUUUCUUAUUGGGACGAAUCAAAAAAAAUGUCAAAGACAUUCACAAACGUAUUAGAUUAGAAAUGAGGUAUUAUUUCUAAGCAAUGGAGCCAAAAUUGGAUGAAUAUGAAGAAGGUGAGAUACCUAUAUGGCAAGAGCCUCGAUGUGAGCCUUUGGGAGCCCCAAGAGAAAAUCUCUGCGAUGGCGAGAACUCUGAACAAUUUCAAGAUAAUAGAAUACAUGCACUUGAAGAAGAACAGGAACUCUUAUCAUCAUCUGUAUUUUCUUUAACGUCACAUUUGGCGCAAGUUGAAUUCCGCCUGAGACAGAUCAUGAAGGCUCCACCUGAAGAGAAAGAUGCAAUGUUGCAUGCUCUCGAGGAAUUUACAUCUAAAGGUGUGGAUACUAGAAUUACUCCACAAGGUAGCUCAGGUGAAGGCAACUGUAGUGAAUGCACGGAAUUAGAGAGAAAAAUUCGUAACCAACGAGAAAAGCAGGCCCGCUUUAUUGAAAGAUUAAAAGCGCAAUUGAGAGAACUUGAAAGAUUUGCUGCAUCUACAUCUCAUGAUGAUGGUAAGCAUAGAAUUUUAAUUGAACAUUUAAGGACAGAAAUAGACCGUAGCUUGGAAGAAAGUUGCCAACAGCCUUUGUCAACUGAAGAGUUGCGACAUCAAAUUGACUGUGCAGUCAAACAAUAUGCAGAGAGGCAGCUCUCUAAAGAUGAAAUUAUUAGCAAGCUCCAAGCCCACAUUGAUGACAUGCAAAAAUUUAUUAAACUUAUGAAAAAUGAUGACUUCAAAGAACAAUCAAAAUCUAAGCCAGCACCAAAGGUAAAUAGAAGCAAAGCAUUUGAGAAUAGUAAGCAAAAAGUAAAUGAUGAGUUAAAAGCGGAAACUUUGAAUUUAAUGAGAAAAGCAUCUACACUGAUACAAAUUUUUACUGUGUCACAAUUUGGGUGCUCAACAAAUACAAAUAAACGGCAUGACAAAAGGUCUUCACCGUAUGUAACACAUUGGGGUAAUUUAAGAGCUAAGCUAGAAAUGUCUAUAGAUGCAGUGCUCCAUUUAGUAUCUCGCGACAGACUAGCCCAUACAUUGAUUGACAGCUAUGAUAGUGAAUCUGAAGAGGGAUGUGUGGUUAUCAAUGAUGCACCAUUAACCACAGCAGUUAGACGCCACUUAGCAAUAAACCUACGAGACCUAUUACAGCAUGGCCUUGUAGGGCCAGAGUCUACAUCACUAGUUCCUAUAAUGGGCUGUUUUCCUAUAAGGAGGUCAUCAGCUUCCGAAUCAAUGCAUAUCUGGGAUGUUAUAUUACGCUACUAUGACUUAAAUGAUGGUGAUAGAUUUAACUCUACACCUGCCCGGAAACUUAGUCAGAGUUUUAAUUUGGAUAUUGUUGGAGGCACAGCUAUUACAAACAAACAAAGCUUGCUAAGUGCUAUUGGAAGUAUAUUAGCUUCACAUGAACCAUAUAAGAGGAGUUAUGAUGCACACUUCAAAGCCUUUGUGUGUGCGGGAUUAAAUUCUCAUAAACUUGUCAUAUGGCUCAAUAUUAUAUUGAAGUGCAGAUCUCUUAUUGAUACAUAUUAUUCAUCAACAAGUUACAUUGUCAAUACGGGAUUCCAAGAUGCCUUACAGAGUCUAGAUAGGUUAACAACACAUAAUUUUGAUUUGCCUGUCGAUCUUGCUGUAAAACAGUUUCAGAAUAUUAAGGAUAUGUUUAUGUAAUCAUAUAUUGUAUUAGUUAUAUGUUACUUAGUAUUAUUGAGUGUUUAUGUGCUUACAUAGGCUUUGUAUCUUGUAUGUUAUUCUGUUAAAGCUAAAGAAUUGAACCCUACUUAAUAAACAAACCCCAAUAUAUAAAAUUAUUCUGAAGGUAUAUCAAAAGAUACCAAAGUUCAAGCUUUCAUCAAAAUUUUGGUCUCAUUGAAUUAAUUUAUCAAAAAUAACAUUUAGAAAAUAACUAUUUAUAUCUUGUUAGCUUGCCGGCCUUGCUACUUAUGCAUAAUGCAUUUAUAAAAAUGUUAAUUUAAAGCUAAUAUUCCAAAAUGUGUCUUAUGUUGGCACUAGUAUUUUAUAUUCAGUUGUUUUACAAUACAGUUGUUUCAGCCACUCUAAGAAUGAUUGUAUUCUGUGUUGUCACGCUCUAGUGGAAUAUAAGAUCCCACUACGUUCUGAUGUUCUUUACAUUUUCUAAUUUAUAUACAGUAUCUCUAUUUGAUAUUGGAUUGGUGAGGUUGAUAAACUAACAAAGGGCUAGAGAAACUACAGUAUCAAAAGGGUUUUAACCUUAAAUUUAGUAUACAACCGUAAUAGACGAACCCUGUGUGAAAGUGAGAUCCUUACAUAAAAACCGAGGUGUGAGAAAGACUUUCUGUUUAAUUGGACCAUAUUUUAAUUUUAGUUUUUUUAUGAUUAUUGUUCUGUCUUAAAAGAUAUUAUACUAAUACAGA